AUGGAAAAAGAUGCCUACAUGCAUAUAAAUAAAAAUAAACAGGCAGAAGUCUUGGGCCGGUCCACACGGGAGGCGCAUGGAUUGUAUGAAGGCGGUUCCAAUCUCCCAACUUUCUUCCGUGUUGGUGCCUCCGCCUCCGCUCGGGACGCGGACUGCGCCGAUCUCUCCGCCUCGCAGGCGAACCUCCUCGCCCGCCCCCACUGCAUCGGCGGCGGCGUGGAGGAGGAGGAGGCCGAGGUGUUCAGCACGCCGCCUCUCACACAGCAGGACCCGCAGAGGCAGUGCCAAAGCCAGCGAGGUCAGGCGGGGGAGGGGGAGGACAGCAUCGCCAUGUGCUCCAUGCCCUUCACCCAGACCCAGCCUUCCUCCUCUUCUUCCGCUUCCUCGGAUAGCCGGGAGCGGAAGCCUAGGGUCUGCAUGAGGAAGGUGAGAGCCGGCGCCAAGAUCUGGACUCCGACUCUGCCUCCGACUCAGACUCCGAGCCCCAGCCCCGAACUCGGCCCUCUCGUCAGGAUCGUGCUCAUGAUCCCCACGGCUCCUCUUCCAACCACCGGUCAUGAGGAUAUCCUCGAGCUUGCUCGCAGCCGCGGCAUCUUCCGAGUUGCCUAUGUCAUGCUGACUAAGUAG